AUGCUGACCCGGGUUAAGUCGGCCGUGGCCGGGCUGGUGGGCGGGUUGGUGGCCGGGGGGGGCUCCACCGGUACCGGGACCGGGCCUCCGGGCUCCGACACCCCGCUGAGGUUCCCCUACGCGCGGCCCUAUUUCCUGGGACUCUCCCCGGACGAGGUGGAGUGCUCCGCGGACCACGGAGCCCGGCCCAUCCUCAUCCUCAAGGAGACCAGGAGAUUACCCUGGGCCACCGGAUACGCAGAGUAA